AUGGCUCCAUAUGAGGCUUUGUAUGGUAGAAAAUGUCAAUCUUCACUAUUUUGGUAUGAAACUGGAGAAAGAAGUUUACUAGGGCCUGAGAUGAUAGCUGAGACUACUGAGCAAAUAAAGAAGAUUCGUAGCCGAAUGCUUAUAGCCCAGAGCAGUCAGAAGAAUUAUGCUAAUCAAAGGCGAAAGCCUUUGGAAUUUGAAGAAGGGGAGCAUGUUUUUCUAAAAUUUACACCAACAACUGGAGUGGAAAGAGCUAUUAAGACUAAGAAACUAAAUUCCCGUUAUAUUGGACCGUUUGAGAUCCUAAAGAGAAUUGGGCCAGUGGCUUAUAAAAUCACCUUACCGCCAUAUCUUUCAAAUUUGCACGACGUGUUCUAUGUAUCACAACUUUGGAAGUAUACUCCUGAUGUGAGUCAUGUUCUGGAACCGAAACAAAUUCAAGUAAGAGAAGAUCUAACACUUCCAAUAACUCCAGUGAGAAUUGAUGACACCAGUGUUAAACGACUACGUGGGAAGGAAGUAUCACUGGUAAAAGUAGCUUGGAUUCAAGUUGGUAUCGAGGAACAUACUUGGGAACUCAAAUCAGAUAUGCGAAAGGACUACCCAUAUCUCUUUUUAGGUAAUUAA